AUACUAGCCUUUCACUUCAGACAAGGCUGGUGUGCGGGCCCAUAAACGCGCUGGAUUAGGCGCCGAGUACGACGGGCACGCGCCCCGAAACUCUGCAAAGACAGGCUGCUUCAGUGCUCAAUAGAUUGAUCGCAGCCCCGCCGGCUGCCCACCCCCUACAAGCCAGAACAAGUAUGGGCCGCGAGGGGAGCCCAACCAGCGUCGCCCGCGACGACAUGGAGACGGCGACGCCGAGCAAAGACAACGACGUGAACCCCCUGCACAUCCACGUGGGCGACGAAGAUGAGGUAAGACUCUACUGGCGGAAGCGGCAAAUUCGCCAGAAGUACUGCUCGUUACUGUGCAUGCUGCUGUUCGGCUUUUUUAUUGGAUUCGGCACGGGCGCGGGCAUCUUCAUCCAGAAGGACUGGGGGUCCAACGACGACGACGACAGUUCCCCGACCACGCCGGACACGAUUCUCGUGGCCGACUUCAUCGACGGGAAGCCCUGGGAGCAGACGAACGACCCGGUCAUGGGCGGCCAGUCGACGGGCGCGUUCACCGUGUCCGCCGACGGCGUGGGCUUACUGGAAGGAAGCGUCAAAAUCGUCAAGUUCCUGACCAAAUGUAGUGGAGGAGCCCAGGACGGCGAGCAGUGCGCCGACGAUGCGACCGACGACACCGACGAUGCGACGUGCCCGGGCGGCGUCUGCGUCCGCGCGCCGGGCUUCAUCAAGGCCGAGAAAGCGGGCACGUUCCCCGACAUCUCCGCGUGCAGCGCCUUUGUGAUUUCCUGCAAGCAUUAUACUGGUGAUCCAAUGGGCGAUUACACCGGCUAUAGAAUAGGCUUCGGGACGCAGCGCGCCCCCGAGGACCUGGAGCCGCACCGCUGGUCGUCGGGCUUCAAGGCGCCCUUCCAGGCGGGCAUGGUGUUGACCGAUGUGGAAAUCCCCUUCACGGCGUUCAGCGACGACUGGGACGACGCCACGGGGGAAAUCAUCGUCUCGUGCGCGGACGACCAGCGCGUGUGCCCGCACGCGUCAAAUCUCCAGGACCUCCAGAAGCUGAGCAUCUGGGGAGAGGGCGUCGAGGGCAACGUACAUCUGGAAAUCCACUCGAUCAAGGCGAUCAACUGCGCCGGGGGCGCGCACACCGCGGCGACGGGGUCGUGGUCGCAUGCCGCGGCUACCGCUGCAUCCGAUGAAUCCGAGGACGGCGGCGAGCCCGACGACGACUAGAAUUCUCCGGUCCGCGCCUGUCGUGUAGCGCGGGAACCACAUCGACCGAAGCCUACCCACUUGUAAAAUACUACAUUUCUCGUCUA